AUGGCGCUUCACCUCCUACCACUCGACUUCCCCGACCUUGUAAACCUCACGGUUAGGAUGGCUAUGUCAAAGCCACAUGCCGAAGAAAUUAGACCCGUGCGCGCGCUACCAAAGAAAAGAGCGGCCACAAUGGAUAGAACCCGCACGCUUUGCCGACGCUGCGGAGGAUAUGGGCACACUUUUAGACAGUGUCCUGAUUACGUCUGCUGCAUUUGCAGCAAGAUUGGACCGGAUCAUUUAUCGAUCCAUUGCCCUGGACUCAAGGGACACUUAGUGCUCCAAGAGUUUUCAGAUGAGGAGAAGUUCUUCGAAGCUCUCCUAGACUGGGAGCAGAACCAUAAAGCACUCGCUGACCUCGCGCUCGCCUUCCCCAUACCACCUUCACCUAUGCCCACAACGCCGAUACCCAUGACACCAGUGCCAGCACCUCCCUCGACACCUGCACCGUCCUCCCAGACAUUGGACGAAGUAUUAAUUGAAGCCGGUGACUUCAACCUUAGUAACGGGGUAAUGUUACAGGCAUCCGUAACACUUACAGGAGCCCCAGCUCUGCCUACACCUGCCCCCGCUCUGCUAGACUCCCUGCGCGGCGGUGCGCCGUCCGCACCUAGAAAGAUAGCGGUCUGGACCGCUGUGACCCCGCCCCUGGCGCUAUGA